AAAAUAAUCUUUACUAUUUUGCACGCAAUUCCGAAGAAACAAAGCCGCCACUCUCCCAUUUCGCUUACUCUUCUUCGUCUUCGCCUCUCCCUUUCUAGCGAAAAGGGUUGAUAUCCGCUUCGCUUGACUGUACCCUCCAAGUUUCAACGAAGAAGCCGUUUUCGUCGCAGUCUCCGACCUGAGAUGGCUCUCCUGCGAUCCUUUUCAAGUGCGUCCUCUGGCAUGGGUGUUGCUGAUCAUUGCAAAGACACAUUCUUCGAGCUUCAGAGAAAGAAGGCACAUCGGUAUGUUGUUUUUAAAAUUGAUGAAAAGCGAAAGGAAGUUAUUGUAGAGAAGACUGGUGGCACUGCUGAGAGCUAUGAUGAUUUCAUGGCUUCGCUACCUGAAAAUGAUUGCAGAUAUGCAAUCUAUGAUUUUGACUUCGUCACCCAAGAAAAUUGUCAGAAAAGCAAGAUUUUCUUCAUUGCUUGGUCCCCUUCCAUAUCUCGCAUUCGCGCCAAGAUGCUCUACGCCACAUCCAAGGAUCGAUUCAGGCGAGUCUUAGAUGGCGUUCAUUAUGAGAUUCAAGCAACCGAUCCUUCUGAACUCGACAUCGAAGUUCUCCGGGAACGAGCACAUUGAUGCAGACAUGAGAUUCGUCCCUUUGCUCUCUUGCCCAGAUUGUAUUCUGUUAUCUGGUGAAUGGUCAGUAUUCUAACUUGCAGAGCACAGAUGCACCCAACUUUUCUAUAUUUUACUUCAGUAUAUAUGCAAUUGGUGUAUGUGAUGGAAAAUACUCUUCAUAUCUCUAUAUAUAUCAACUGUAUUGAGCUGUUGUUUCUUUGAAAUUUUAGCACUUUUUUGUGUGAUGAUAUUGGCUUUAAGAAGUUUGAACCAGAAGGGUUAUAGUAAUUGAUCUUGGUUCCUUUUA